AUGCCGCAGGCAACGAUUUGCCGCGCCCCUGGGAGCAUUUCGCAAAUCCUCCUCACCAAGCAAGUCGAAGUCUCCCUGCCCUCCAACGGUCCCAAGGCGCUCGAAUCCCCAAUCAUCCUGUUCAUUGUUGGCGCACAGGGGGUAAGGUUCCAUGUCCAUCGAGACAUCUUCCGAAACCUUUCCGCUUUCCGCUACUGCAUGAUAUUGCCGAUCACGGGCUCAAAUAUUGUGCGGUUCGAAGACGUUGACCCCUGCACAUUCCCAUCCAUCAUUUUCUACUCCAUUUGCCACGGUUACCGAAAGGAGGUGCCCCAGCAAGUAUCUGUGCCCAGCAAUUUCGGCCCGCCCUUGAGCCCGACCCAAAUCCAAACCACUGAUACCCACAGCGAGGAGCGGUCGAUAGACCUAGAGUCCGACCCACUGCUCUCAAGUGGCCUGCCGAUCUGUAUGAAAGAUUCGCUCGAUGCAAAGGCUUGUCCUGAGACGCAUCGGCGACGCGACAUCCUCGUCUCCACCACCAUACACUCGAUCGGUCUCCUUGACUACUUCGCCCUCGUCACCUACAUCUAUCGGAACACCAAGGCCGACGACGACGCCCGGAUGCUCGCUGCCGCCUUCGUCAACUGCAUAUUUUGGACCGGCCACGAGACUACCGGUUAUGAAGAGUUGUACGCCGAAGUGCCUAAACUGUUCGGCGACAUGGGUUCUCUGAACCUCACGGUCCUCCACUCACAGGCUUCAUAA